UAGUAACAUUUUGAAACUUUAAAAUAAAAUAAAAAUUAAUUUUCCCAACAGUUAUUUUACUAAUGGAAGACGUUAUAUAUGUGUGUAAAAAGUCGUAGUCCUUUUUCCCUCUGUUUUUGUCUCCAAUUGUGUGGCCAUUGUCAUUGGAAAAACCAAAGAAGACAAGCUUCCACGGCAAAGGCAAGUUCGAUUCAUAGGCUGUCGAAGCUUCGCAAGAACCCUAAAGAUGGCCCACUCCGAUGCACAAACUCCCGUGGCUCAGCAUCAGAAAAUUAUAGUACACAACAAAAAUGGUGAAAAACUUGUGGGCAUACUUCAUGAUACGGGAUCAGCAGAAGUUGUUAUUUUGUGCCAUGGAUUUCGUUCGAACAAGGAAAAUGAUAUAAGUGUAAACCUUGCUAAGACAUUAGAAAAUGAAGGAAUCAGUGCCUUUCGUUUUGACUUUUCUGGAAAUGGGGAAAGUGAAGGUUCAUUUAAAUAUGGUAACUAUCAUGGAGAGGCUGAUGACUUGCAUGCCAUAAUCCAACAUUGGCAUGCAGCAGGGCGUGUCAUAAGUGCAAUUCUUGGGCAUAGCAAAGGGGGUGAUGUGGUGCUUUUAUAUGCUUCCAAGUAUCAUGAUAUUAAUUUCUUUAUCAAUGUUUCGGGACGUUAUGAUCUGAAAAAGGGUAUAAAAGAACGCUUAGGGGACGACUUUAUGGAAAGAAUUGAAAAGGAAGGAUACAUUGAUGUCAAGAAUAAGAAAGGAAAUGUAGAAUACCGAGUGACAUGGGAGAGCUUGAAGGAUCGCCUAAACACUGAUAUGCAUGAAGCUUGUCUUCUUAUUGACAAAGAAUGCAGGGUGUUCACAAUCCAUGGAACUGCUGAUGAAAUAAUCCCUAUCGAAGAUGCAUUCGAGUUCGAUAAAAUCAUACAGAACCAUAAAUUACAUGUAGUAGAAGGUGCUAAUCAUUGUUACACCUCACAUCAAACAGAGUUAGCCUCAAUUGUGUUGAAUCUCAUCAAAACAAGCCUUCUUCCCCGUUGAUGGUGCAACAUUACAGAUUUCUGAUGGAUCUUUCAUUGGAAAUGUCUAUGAAUUCAUUCCAUUUUUGGCUUUUGAUUGGCCAACAUUAAUGUUUUUCUUUAGGGGCCGAGUUUUAUUGGCCAUAUGGAGUAGUGGAUUUGAAGACAUUGCACUUUAGAAAAAGGGUAUUGCAUGGAAUUAUUCUUGAAGGUUGAUCUGUAGCCUUUUAUUAUUAAAAUGUACUAUUUCAUAUUCCAUUUUACUUUGAAUGGCAAUUUCUGUGUAUCUAAAUCUCAACUUGGGAAUAAAAUGCUCUUUUUAGUAAA